GAUGGCGCCAUCCUUGCUCGGCGCGUUCCGGUGGAGAGGUUUGGCCCUAUCGCCGCGCCGUAGGCCGUGGCCUCCGCGGAGCGCCGGCCUGCGGCCUGUAGAGCAGUCGAAGAUAUGUCACUGCUUCGGUCGUUGCGCCUCUGCUUGGUCGCGCGGACCGGGAGCUGCCAGGCGGGGCCCGUUCGGCUCCAGGCGCCACGGCGGUGGCACACAUCUCACGCUGGGCCCGGACUGUCCUCGGCCUCCGGCAAGGAGCUCCUCGUAAAGCUGCGACGAAAAACGGGUUACUCCUUUGUAAACUGCAAGAAAGCUCUGGAGACUUGUGGCGGGGACCUCAAACAGGCGGAGAGCUGGCUCCACAAGCAGGCCCAAAAGGAGGGCUGGAGCAAGGCUGCCAAGCUGAAUGGGAGGAAGACUAAAGAAGGCCUGAUUGGGCUGCUGAAGGAACGAAACACAGCUGUAUUAGUAGAGGUAAACUGUGAGACAGAUUUUGUUUCCAGAAAUUUAAAAUUUCAGCAGUUGGUCCAGCAAGUUGCCCUUGGAACCAUGUUACAUUGUCAGCACCUAAAGGAUCAACUCUCCACAUACAGUAAAGGCUUCUUGAAUCCCUCCGAACUCUCUGAAAUUCCAGCUGGGCCUGAGAGAGAAGGUUCUCUCAAAGAUCAGUUGGCCUUAGCAAUUGGGAAACUGGGAGAAAACAUGACUCUGAAGCGAGCUGCAUGGGUGAAGGUGCCAGAUGGGUUCUACAUUGGCUCUUAUGUCCAUGGAGCAGUGCACAGUCCCUUGCUCCACAACCUGGUGCUGGGGAAGUAUGGGGCCCUUGUAAUCUGCGAGACGUCUGAGCAGAAAGCAAACCUUGAAGAGCUUGGCCGCCGCCUUGGGCAGCAUGUAGUGGGCAUGGCCCCCCGCUCUGUUGGCUCCUUGGACGAUGAGCCUGGGGGAGAGGAGGAAACCAAGAUGCUGUCCCAGCCAUACUUGCUGGAUCCUUCCAUCACACUGGGGCAGUAUGUGCAGCCCCGAGGGGUAUCUGUAGUAGACUUUGUGCGGUUUGAAUGUGGAGAAAGCGAAGAGGCAGCAGAGGCUGAAUAAGUUCCAGAGACUUUUGGCCUAAGAGGAAAUGUUUACUAACUCUGGACUUCAUUACAAAAAGAAGUUAUUUCCUAAGCUUCUUUAAACCCAGAGGUUUUUUUUUUUCUUUGUGUUUAUAAUGAAAUUAUAUAUUUCAUGGGUAAAGUUAUUCAAUAAAAUGGUUAUCUAAUGAACAGUGAAUCUUCCCAUGUCUGCCCCGUGCUGGGCUAGCCUUUUUGUGCUUCACUUUAGUGGCAGCAGGUGGGCCUUAGCAAUGUGACCGACAGCUGUGCUGCUGCCCCUCAGCACUGGUUUAUUAAAGUAUCCCUAAAUUUCUAACUCAUUCUGUCUUAUUUGUAGGACACAGAACUCUCUUCUCUGUUUUUACUUUGUGAUGCUUUGGACAAUGCUUCUAUCCUGCAGCUUCCCCAGUUUCAUCACUCCUGCCACAUACAUUCCUUUGGAAUUGGUGACUCACACUUAGAGUGAUCUGGAAAGUGUGGUUCAUUUGUUGCUGUCUGCUCCGUCCUUUGAAGGGUUUCUGCAGGAAUGUACACACUGGCUCUGGCCUCACUACUGAAAUCGAUAUGAGAGUCCCAGGCCAAGAACCAGCCAGUGAAGAUGGGAGGCUCGAACCCCUGUUUAACGAUGACAAUUGGUAUGUCAACAUCUCGGCCACUGGGGCUGGUAAUCUCUGGGUGUGGAGCCUGUUGCUGUUGAUCCUAAGAGAAAGAAGUGCAUGAUGAUAGAAGGCCUAAUUUUCCCAGAACAAGGUGGGAAAACUCCCAUGAUGAUCACCAGCUUUCCUUUGAAGAUGGCCAUGAAGUGACGUGGCUCUUUCCCCAUGGAAACUCGAACCUGGACAGAGGCCCUGUCCAACUGCUGCUCCAACUCUACUGCCUGGUAUGCUGAGGCCACCAGCUCAUCUUGUGAGGCGUGGCGGCCCUGCAGUGGUGAGAGGUGUGAUGGGCCCCUGCUACCCCGGCCGCAGCUCAGUGGCCAGAGGAAGCAUCAGGGUCCGGAGCUGAGAGGCUGCCUCAGGCCUACCUGCCAGAUGUACAGGACGUAACAUGGCUUCCCAAUCGCCUCAUAUGUGUAGAGAACCAGAUAGCAGUCUCCCCCAUAAAAGAAGCCAUACCACUGAUGCUCCAGAGGGACCAGCUUCAGAUUUUCAAUUCUCCAAACCUGGGCAUACAAGGAGAUACAAUUCCACCGAGAGGGGGUCCUACUUGAAGAGACAGCUACCUGAAGGAAAGCUACCUGAAGGGAUGCUUAGCAGAGCACCCAGGUGGGUAAGGAAAUGGCAUCCACUCAGCCUACCCUUGCCCCUCUGGUUCUUCCCCAGUGGUAAGGGCUUAUCUUAUUUGCAUGAUUUGAAUCCUGAGGAGAAUCGGCCCUGGUCAGGUGUAUCCCCAUCACAGCUCAGAAGUGGUUUGAAUAUAUCUGUUAGGUGAGUUACUGGUAGCACCCUAGGGAGCGGCCUUUCACGUCCCUGAAGAAUGUCGGAAAGCUGCGUACUUGGAUGCCUCCUAGAGAACCCUCCCAAGGUGCCAGAGGUGAAGAGCUAAGCAAAGGAGACACCUGCCAUCUCCUUUGCAGCAGGGCAGCCAGGAGGGCCAGUGCCACCUGCUGUGAGCUGGGGGUCACUGGACUUACCUCCACCUUUCCAUUGCCAUCAUCGACCAUUCUUUCCUGGGCAGCUACUGCUGGCUUGGCAUGAAGCAGCGUCACAUCAAAUUUAUCGUGGAAAACUUUAGCUGCAGAGAAGAGGUUGGGAGAAGCCAAGCCCACCGUCUGCUGCCUCACUGACCACUUCUGAAACAGCUGCGUGAACAUGGCUGACUCGGCACCAUCGUUAACAGUUUCCACAUUGGUGCUGCUGGGGUAGCCCUUCAUCAUGAUGAAGUUCUGCAGACACCCCCAGCCCCAAAAGCCAGUCAACCACAGAGUGCAUGGGCUUCUUGGCUUGGCUGGUAACUCACCCCUUUGAAGCCAGGUGGUAGGAUUGCUCCCUUCCAGGGUUAGAGUCAAAAUCUAACUCACUUCUGCCUAGGGACCAAGUUCCCUGUCGCAAGACCAGGACUGAGGGAACAUUUCAGCAUCUCUUCAUUGGUCUGUCAUGUUCUGUUGAUAAUUUUUUCAAGACCCUCUGUACUGUUUUCUGUGAGCACUCACAUACUCUGCUGACUCCGUGUCACAUUCAUUUGCUCAUUUAUUGCUUUGUAAAUGCAUCCUGCUAGGCUCAUCUGUGUGGGUCUGUACAAUACCAUAAGCUCCUUGAGGACAGGGCCUUUAACCUUGAUAUGGGAUACCCUCUUUGAUAAUAAUGGCCACCUUUUAUUGAGCAACUGUGUGUGCCAGGUUCUAUCCCAAGUGCUUUACAAAUGUUAUCUAAUCCUCACGACAACCCUAGGAGGUGGGUAUUAAACCUGGAUUUGAAUCACAGUUUGUCCGACUGAAGUCCACACUAUAUGCUCAAGUGCCUAGUAUGGCUCUCUGAACACAUCUGAAGGGUUCGUAACAAUGUUUUGGACAAUAUUGCACAUUUGUAGUUCCUACCAGGGCUUUAGAGAUGGCUGUCUGUUUCUCAACCUUUGUGGCUCCUCUUCCUUUCCACACGUAGAUCUUGGUUCCACUUUGGUCCAGGAUAUAGCAGUCCUGAAGCAGUCAGGGAAAAAAGUGGUCAGUGCCACUCAGGACCACAGGAAGGCCUUACCCGGGUCUGCCUCUGAAGCCAGGUUUGGCCACCCCAUGCCAAGCCCAUCCAAGCUCUGCUUACAUCAUGGUUCAGUAAGUCCUGGACCAGUGGCCUUGUUGCUAUCUCUGUGACUGCCAGCUGCCCAGCCGAGUCUGAGACACUGGAGAAGGAGAGAAGUUAGCCUGUGCCUUCUCUUCUAAAAAGCAUUUUGUAGCCAAUCAAUAUUUUCCUGGCUUUCUUUAGUGUAGAGAGUCUCUUGGUAGUGUGACUUCCUAUCACAGGUGUGGCUUGAACGCAGAUGUCCUGCCCUCUAGGGGAAACUUUUGUGCCUCUGCGUCUGGAACAUUGUCCCCCCACAUCCCUGCGCAUGCAUAGACCUGAGUAAAGGAAGGAUCUUCCCAGGAGACCAGGAAGAGUUGCUAACAAGACCAGACGGUAGCUGUCCCCUUGGGUGGGGCAACACCGAGCUCCUUCUAGAAGCUGCAUUUGAAAAGGACAGAAAGAAAGCUGGAUGUCUGCACCUUGUGCAAGGAGCCAAGCAGAGGUGCCUGGUUUUCUAGGGGACAUCUUCCUGCUACCCCAGCUCCCAACCAGCAACCAUCUUUAGCUACUCACUGAUACAACAUGAUACUUGAUUUCUGCUGUUGAUCUCUGAUCUCAUCAGGGACCGCAGGCUUGAUAAUGGAGCGUUGUCCAAGGGUGUCCUGAAGCACCUUCAUCAGCUCUGGGCUUGCGGCCUCCUUGUCUCCCUCUAUCACUCCUAGUUCAGCAUGGCCCCCUCGCUCCCUGUCCCGAAUAUCCUUUGCCAGAAGCAUAGCCUGUCAGAGAAACCCAAAGACACACUCAGUCCCUCUAGCCCCUUUGUGCCUGAUGGCUUCAGGUGGAGCAGCCUGACUCCAGACAUGGGUUAUUCUGUUGCUGAGGAGCCAGAGGGGUCACAGAUGCAUGCAUUUUGCCUGUCUACUCAACAGUGCAGGUCCAGCUUGCAUCUCGGGGAGAGCUGGUGAGGAAGGAGGAAAAGGUCCCUGAGAGAGUGUAAGCCCCAGCAGCAGGCCUGAAGGCGAGGGGCGCUGAGGCUGGAAAGAGCCCUACCUUCAGGCACUCCCCACGGUUGCUGUCUGGGCCAUUCCAUUGGAUGAUAGCCUUUCCGAGGUCCAGCAAGAAGACAUCACCUCGGUUAAAACUGUCCCAGUUCAUUUCCACCUGCAGAAGAGAGGUGGACAUCCCUCAGGAGGAUUUCCUAGGUGCCGGGGGAGAGGCCCUGGGCCCGGGAUGGGCAAUGGGCAGGACUUGCCUCAGUGGCCCUGAUGUUUCUCUUCCCCUUCACGUGUAGCAGCCGCUUCACAUCGUAGGUGUUGGUCUCCACGUGCUUCAUCCCAGAGGCCACACCCCCUUUCUUGUAGCUGAGGAAACAUCCAUUCAGUUAUUUAUUGGGCACCUGCUGUGUGCUAGGUAACCAGGGAGGCAGUUGUGAGUCACACAGAUGCAGUCUCUGCUCGUGUGCUCAUGUGCCUAUGUGGGUGACAACAGUAAAUAAGGGAAGUGUACUAGGUGGUAACUGCUGCCACAGAAGUGAACUCAGUGACUGGUUUUUUGGCAGAGCAAUCAGGGAGUCAUCUCUGCUGGAGUGACAUUCAAGCUGAGAUAUUAGGAGGAAUAGGAACCAGCAACCAGAGAGCUAGUGCCCCAGACUAGUGAUGAAGACCCCACAGUGGAGUUCUCGCGUUCACCAGGAUCCUUCUUUCUCUUUCUAAGCCCAAGUGCAAAGUUUUGAAUCAAUUAAACUCAGUUCCUGGAACAUGGUCAUCAUUGGCCUUUACAGGCCCCCUUGCAUGUUUUAGCAUUUAUGGACCCCCUUUACCUGCAUACCCUGCUCCUCCCAUUCCUCUCCCCACCAAAGCACCCAUUCUAACAGUUAAACAUAUUUUGUUUUGUUCUGAUAAAAUGUAUCCUGUU